AUGGCAAACUCCUUUGCAUCAAGGACCUUCACUGCACUUUCGGACCUGUAUCCAAAUAUGGCUAAUCUGAAAAUAAUCGGUAUAGUUAUUGGGAAAACAGAUGUCAAAGGCUUUCCAGACAGAAAAAAUAUUGGAUCAGAAAGGUACACUUUCAGCUUUACCAUUCGAGAUUCACCAACCCAUUUUAUAAAUGUAACAUCUUGGGGCGAUGAAGAUUACAUCAAGUCGCUUUCUGACAGCUUUAGGGUUGGUGAGUGUGUGAUUAUUGAAAAUCCCCUGAUCCAAAAAAAGGAAAUAGAAAGAGAAGAAAAGUUCAGCCCUGCAACUCCUAGCAGUUGUAAACUAUUGCUCAGUGAAAAUCACUCAACAGUAAAAGUUUGCUCCUGUUAUGAAGUGGACACCAAGUUACUGUCUUUGAUCCAUUUACCCGUUAAAGAGUCCCGUGAUUAUUAUUCAUUGGGAGACAUAGUUGCAAAUGGACACAGUCUUAAUGGGAGGAUUAUUAAUGUGCUUGCAGCUGUGAGAUCGGUUGGAGAGCCAAAAUACUUUACAACUUCAGACCGAAGAAAAGGCCAGAGGUGUGAAGUUAAACUCUAUGAUGAAACAGAGUCUUCUUUUGCAAUGAUAUGUUGGGAUAAUGAAUCCAUUCUACUUGCACAAAGCUGGAUGCCACAAGAAACAGUAAUAUUUGCAUCAGAUGUAAGAAUAAGUUUUGACAAAUUUUGGAACCGCAUGACAGCAACUGUAAUCUCAAAAACUAUUAUUACAACUAAUCCAGAUACACCAGAAGCUAAUAUCCUACUGAAUUUUAUAAGAGAAAAUAAAGAAAUAAAUGUUCUGGAUAAUGAAGUUGACAGUUAUUUGAAAGAAUCCAUAAAUUUAAAUACAAUAGUUGAUGUCUAUACAGUUGAACAAUUAAAGGUAAAAGCUUUGAAGAAUGAAGGAAAAUCUGAUCCUUUCUUUGGCAUUCUUUAUGCUUACAUUUCUACACUGAACAUUGACGAUGAAACUACAAAAGUAAUUCGAAAGAGAUGUUCCAGCUGUGGUUAUAUUGUAAACGAAGCAGCUGACACUUGCACAACUUGCAACAAGGCUUCUUUGGAAUUUAAAUCUGUUUUUCUCAGCUUCGAUAUGCUAAUUGAUCUUACUGAUCACACAGGUACCCUCCACUCCUGUAGUCUCACAGGAAAUGUUGCUGAGGAGACUUUGGGCUGCACGUUUGUUUUAUCACACAGAGCAAAGACUGGAUUGAAAAUUAGUGUACUCUCAUGCAAACUUUCAGAACCUAUUGAGGCAAGUAGGCACUUGUCUGGACAAAGUCAUGUUUAAAACUAUAUGUCAUUUUAAAUUCUGGAAACGUUUAGAAGCUUUAAUUUCCUUUAAAAUGGAAUCUUAUCUUUAAAAUUAUGGAUAAAUUGUAUUUUAUUUGAAUGUGGUGAAAAUGUUUCUAUAAAUUGUUAUGUUUCCUCCUGGAACUGGUUUGGAGGCAAGUCUGAAAGCAUCACUCUCAUCUAAGUUCCCUUCUUAGGAGGCCUUUCUACCGGCUUUGCUUUGUCUCCUUCCAAGCUGGAAAAUGUUUACAUGAAUUAAUAAA